UAAGAAGAGAGCUAUUAGACGUUAAGAGCAUUUUGUUCUUUGUCACCUUUGAAGUCGUUUCUCGAUGUCGCUCAUCCGAUAAAAAAAAGUUUUUCGACUUAAAACAGUGUCAGGAUUGAAAGAGCGUCGAGGGUAAUUCAAGACUGACUAAUUAUAGUGAUUUUUUAAUCGAGAAAUAGCAAAUGUACGGACAGAACAAAUGAUGGAUUUUCGAAUAAUUGCACUCACCGUCCUCUUUGCACUUUGUAUCAAUGUGGCCGAUGAAAAAGAGUUACAUAGGAGUAAACGAAACGAACAACGGACGCCCAUAGGAGCAUCAUUUUUCAGAGGCGAUGUAGAAAGAGCGCCUCAUUUGCACAGCCCAGCAGACCGUAGCGCACAGUUUGUUGAAUACACAGGAUUUGGAAGUAAAUAUCUCCCGCUUCGUUCCGCAGUAGAAAGCAUUCCCAAUGUAAAAGAGUCUACGAGAAGACUGCCCCUUCGGGAUGCUGUAGAACGACGACCACCUCCAGACGAAGCGUUCGACUUCGAAUUUGAACUUCCUGAGAUCUACAACAGCAACAGAAAUAAAUUGCAGGUUCCAUACGCCCACGCGUCAGCGCAAACCGUACCCUUUUCUAUACCGGAGAAAUACAGUUCUUUGUUUCAAGGGUUAUCGUCAGAUGCAACGUACUAUAAUGCAACGGAAUACCUUCAAGCUCUGUUAAGUGGGCGUUUACAACGUAACGGUAGAGCAGUGACUUGGUAUUCUACGCAACCCAUCUAUUGGUAUUACUAUCCACCCCAACCGCAGGUUUCAGAAAAGGUAUACGUAGAAACGGUUACGGAGAUCAAGACCAGUUUGGAAAAGAAAGUGGUAUGUUUUGUGGACGGAGCUUCCGGUCGUCGCAAGGAUCCUCUCAAAUUCAACGCCGACGAUGUAGAUCCAUUCACUUGCACGCAUGUGAUUUACGCAUUUGCAACCAUUGAUCCCCACAGCUACAGAAUCAUUCCCAGGGAUGAGGAGUACGACGUCGUUCAAGGUGGAUAUCGCUCCGUGAUUGGUUUAAAACAAAAAAAUCCGCAACUGAAAGUUCUAUUAUCGGUCGGCGAGGGUCGAGAUCAAUCUUCAAGGCGAUUUAGUAGCUUAGUUUCUAACGCACUCUUUCGCCGCGAUUUUAUUCGUUCGGCAGUCGCUUUAAUUCGAAAAUACGAAUUUGAUGGAAUUGACUUAUACUGGCAGUAUCCGGGAGCAAUGGAAUUGGGUGGUCGCGUCACUGACAAGGAGUUUUUUGCAUUGUUCGUGGAGGAGUUGUCGGAGAUCUUUAAACCGUACAAUUGGCUACUGACCGUUUCGGCGCCGGCUUCCCGUUUUCGCAUAGAAGACGGCUUCAACGUCGAAAAGCUCGCGCAGGUUGUCGAUUUCGUGAACGUCGAAACGUACGAUUUUCAGGUUGAUCGCGAGGCAAUCGCCGAUCAUCACGCGCCGCUAAAUAUGAGGCCUCAAGAUAGUGACUUGGAUGUCUUUAACAACGUCGAGUAUGGCGUACGAUAUUGGUUGAAGAAAGGGUUGCCACCAGCAAAACUAAUCGUCGGGUUGCCAUUCUAUGGAAGAACGUUUACACUUAAUCAGAGCAGCGAUUUCGAAAUAGGCUCGUUAAUCAAAGGUCCUGGGCGGGAAGGUUAUUACACACAGAAUCCGGGUUUUAUGGCGUAUUUUGAAAUAUGCGAUCUUAUUAUUAACGAAGGGUUAAUACGGAAGACGGACAGUUCGGGUUCUCCCUACGUGGUGAAUGGGGAUCAAUGGAUUGGAUAUGAUGAUCCCGAAAGUCUUCAGCAAAAGAUUAUCUACAUAAAAGAAAUGAACGUCGGUGGACUCUUUCUAAAAUCCGUAGACCUCGAUGAUUUCAAGGGGUUGUGUGGAAAAAAAUGGCCGCUGAUGUCUUUAAUUAGACAAAAUUAUAAAGGAGGUAAAGCAAACAACGUGGCGUCUUAUGUACCGACAAAACCCUACGGUUCCUGUAACUCAGAUGGGCUAUACAGUGAUCCUCGAAAUUGCGCCCACUACUAUAUUUGUCGUAAUGGUUUAUCCUACCACUUGUCAUGUGCAGCUCACAUGCUUUUUGAUCCGACAAAAGGCCAAUGUGAUUACAUAGAAGCAGAUAUGUGUCGUCCAGGACACUCGGUUCAUUUUCCGAAUACGUUUCGCGAGGUUAGCAAUUUUUUAAGGUACAAAGCUGCAGAAGAAGACAAAUCUCCAAAGGUGGUGUGCUAUCUCACAAAUUGGUCGUUUUAUCGAAAAGGAGAAGGAAAGUUCGUUCCUGAAUACUUAGAUCAACGCUUAUGUACUCAUAUUGUAUAUGCCUUCGGAAGCUUAGACCCGGAGAAAUUCGUGAUUAAGGAGCAUGACCACUGGGUUGACGUGGAGAAUGAUUUGUACGAGCGCGUGACCUCAAUUAAAGACGCUAAAGUACUGUUAUCACUUGGGGGAUGGACGGAUUCUGCCGGCGACAAGUAUUCAAAACUGGUGAGCGACGGUUCGGCUCGCCGCAAAUUUGUUGCAAACGCCGUCAGCUUCCUACGCCGCCAUGGUUUCAAAGGAUUACACUUAGAUUGGAAUUAUCCGAUAUGCUGGCAAAGCAACUGUAAAAAGGGGCCGGCCUCUGAUAAACCUAACUUUACAAAACUACUACAGGAGCUCAGAAGGGAGUUUGAUAAAGAAAGUCCACCCCUCAUGUUAGCUGUGGGAAUUUCUGGUUACAAAGAAGUAAUAGAAGCCGCUUACGAAUUGGCGUCGAUAGGAAAAGUGACCGAUUUCAUGUCCGUUAUGACCUAUGAUUAUCAUGGCAGUUGGGAAAAACGCACGGGUCACGUCAGUCCGUUGUACCAUCGCUCUGGGGAUUUGUACCCGCAGUACAAUACCAACUUCACUAUGGAAUUUUUGGUUGCAAACGGCGCACCGAGAGAAAAACUGCUGGUCGGCGUACCUUUUUACGGGCAAACCUUCACUUUGGCCGCGACUGAUAGAAAGUACAGCCAAGGUGUGCCUACAGUCGGCCCGGGUGAGGCUGGAGAAUAUACAAAGCAACCUGGAAUGCUCUCGUACUUUGAAAUAUGUAGCAGGAUUAAGAACGGUAGGUGGAGUGUUAAUCAAGACGUAGAUAAAACAACGGGCCCAUACGCAUAUUAUGGAGAUCAAUGGGUGGGCUACGAUGACGUUGAAUCCAUACAAGAAAAGGCGAAGUAUAUAAAAUCACAUGGAUUUGGAGGAGCAGUCGCUUGGACGGUUGAUUUGGACGAUUUUCUUAACAAGUGUUGCCAACAAACGUUCCCCUUGCUACGUAGCUUAAACAAAGGGCUGGGUUUGAUUCACGACAGUACGCCAGCGUAUGGUGAUUGUACGAAACCGCCAACUCCAGUCACCCCAUCACCUCCUACGAUGACGACUGGUUUUGACACGGGAGCAGAAGUUUCUCCUACAACGGAACAUUGGGGUCAUCAUCCUAGCACCAAACCGCCUUCUACCACAGCUGCGUGGUGGGAAUCGACAACUACUUCCACUACUACCACACAUAGGCCGCCAUCUACUGGAACGCCACCAUGGUGGGUUCCUUCUACGCCCAAACCUACGACAACCACUACAAGAAAAAGGACAACCACAGCGUGGACUCCGGAAGUUACAAGCCGGCCAACGCCAACAACUCCGGAACCCGAACAGGAAACAACAGAAAAGUGCGAAGCGGGAACAUAUCGCCCUCACCCAACCAACUGCAACGCAUAUUACCGUUGCGUUUUAGGAGAGAUGAUAAAAGAAGAGUGCGCUGGAAAUCUUCAUUGGAACGAAAGAACUGGCAAUUGCGACUGGCCUGAUGCAGCAGCGUGUCAUGUGAACAAAAAAACCACUACAAAACCAGUAAAGGCCACGACGGCAACACCAUUCACAACAACCACGCCAGUUACCACCACCACUAAGAGGCCGUACACUACAAAACCUCCCCCGGAUAUGCACCAUUGCAGUACCGGCGAAUACUUCCCCCACGAGCAGUGCAGCAGUUUUUACGUCUGCGUUAAUGGUCAUUUGGUAACACAAAAAUGUGGACCGGGAUUAUACUGGAACACAGAAAGCGCCACGUGCGACUGGAGUUAUAGAGUGAGGUGUACCAAGAAGGUCCCGCAAGUUACGCAGAAGCUAGUCGUAGAUCCAACUAGUACAAACGCUCAACAACCGUACUCUCCAUGCAAGGCAAGUUCGUUCGCAGCGUAUCCAGGAGAUUGUUCGCACUAUUUAAUCUGCUUAUGGAAUAAGUAUGAAGUUUUUAAGUGCUCAGAAGGAUUACACUGGAAUAGCGACAGGAAUACUUGCGAUUGGCCCGAAAAUGCCCACUGCACCGAAGGGGGUGAUACCGACACCGAAGGCGGUGACGAACAUCACGAGCUGCCACCAUUACCAACCCAAACACCUACAACUACAACCACAACGGAAGCAGCUCCUAUCGUUACAGAGCCCAUGGAACCCAUAUCAGGGCAUUAUAAAAUCGUUUGCUACUUCACAAAUUGGGCUUGGUACAGAAAGGGAGUCGGAAAGUAUGUGCCAGAGGAUAUCGAUCCCAACUUGUGCACUCAUAUUAUAUACGGAUUCGCUGUACUCGACUACGAAAAUUUGGUAGUGAGAGCGCACGAUUCUUGGGCCGAUUUCGAUAACAAGUUCUACGAAAGAGUGGUCGCGUAUAAGAAGAAAGGAAUAAAGGUCUUAUUGGCGUUAGGAGGAUGGAACGAUUCCUUGGGCGACAAAUAUUCGCGGUUAGUCAACAAUCCCGCCGCACGCCAACGUUUCAUUAAGCACGUGAUGGAAUUCUUGGCCAAGUACGAUUUCGAUGGAUUAGAUUUGGACUGGGAAUAUCCCAAGUGCUGGCAGGUCGACUGCAAAAAAGGCCCAGAUUCUGACAAAGCGGCAUUUGGUGCAUUUGUAAAAGAACUUAAGGAGGCGUUUAUACCAAAAGGAUAUCUGCUGUCAGCGGCCGUUUCUCCAAAUAAAAUCGUGAUAGAUGCGGGUUACGAUGUUCCAGUCGUCUCGAAGUACCUCGACUGGAUCGCCGUUAUGACGUACGACUAUCACGGACAGUGGGAUAAGAAAACCGGCCACGUUGCGCCAUUUUACGAACACCCAGAAGCUGAUGUUAACUACUUUAACGCGAAUUAUUCAAUACACUACUGGAUCGCCCAAGGUGCGGAUAGAAGGAAAUUAAUCUUGGGUAUGCCUUUGUACGGACAAUCCUUCCAAUUGGAGAAUAGCGCCAACACCGGCUUGAAUGCGAAGGCACCUGGACCUGGGCAGUCCGGAGAAUUCACUGGCGCCGCUGGUUUCUUGGCCUAUUAUGAAAUUUGCGACAAUAUCAAAAAUAAAGGUUGGACUGUCGUUCAAGAUCCAUAUAGGGCAAUGGGCCCAUACGCCUACAAAGGUAACCAGUGGGUUUCAUUCGAUGACGAAGAUAUAAUUAGGCGAAAGUCAGAAUACAUAAAGGCAAUGAAUUUGGGCGGUGGAAUGAUUUGGGCUUUAGAUUUGGACGAUUUUAAGAAUCGUUGCGGAGGGGGCAGGCAUCCGCUACUAUCCGUGAUCCGUAAUGUACUAGCGAGUCCAGGUGGCGAGUAUUCUACAGAAACCAUCACCAAGGUUCCCGACGCUGCCUUCACCAAACCAUCACCGGCAUUACCCUCGUCUGUAGAACCCUUACCUUUUCCUUCAGCUCCACCUCAAUCCACAUCAACGGCAACUCCAUUGGUAGAUACCGAUUCAGAAUUCAAAAUGGUCUGUUACUUCACCAAUUGGGCAUGGUAUCGGCAAGGAGUAGGCAAAUACUUACCAAGCGAUAUUGAUCCUGAUCUCUGUACGCACAUCAUUUAUGGGUUCGCUGUGCUUGAUGGAGAUCAGUUGAUAAUUAAACCCCAUGAUUCUUGGGCGGAUUUCGAUAACAAAUUCUAUGAGAAGGUGACGGCCUUUAAAGGCAAGGGAAUUAAGGUUUUAAUUGCUAUUGGAGGUUGGAAUGAUUCUGCCGGUGACAAAUACUCCAAGUUGGUCAAUAAUCCUUCAGCCAGACGACGUUUUAUCGCCCACGUGGUUGAUUUCAUCGAGAAAAAUAACUUUGAUGGUCUUGACUUAGAUUGGGAAUAUCCCAAGUGUUGGCAGGUCGAUUGUACGAAAGGUCCCGAAGCAGAUAAACAAGCGUUUGCGGACUUCGUCACGGAAUUACAUGCCGCUUUGCGGCCGAAGGGUUUAUUAUUGUCCGCUGCAGUUUCGCCGAAUAGAAAAGUAGUAGACGCCGGAUAUGACGUUCCCACUCUUUCGCGAUAUUUGGAUUGGAUCGCGAUCAUGACCUACGACUACCAUGGUCAAUGGGAUAAAAUAACCGGAAUUGCUGCUCCAAUGUACGCACAUCCUGAAGAUGAAGAUGUUACCUUUAACACUAACUUUUCGGUUAAUUAUUGGAUAAACCAAGGUGCCGAUAGAAAGAAACUUGUUAUGGGAUUGCCACUUUAUGGCCAGUCGUUCUCCUUGGCUGACAAUUCUAACCAUGGCUUAAACGCGCCUACGUAUGGCGGAGGAGAAGCGGGCGAAGAAACUAGAGCUAGAGGCUUUUUGUCUUACUACGAGAUAUGCACAAAUAUAAUCAAAAAGGGUUGGAAUGUGGUUCGAGAUAAGAAAUUCAGAAUCGGCCCAUACGCAUAUUUAAGAGAUCAGUGGGUAUCAUUCGAUGACGCUGCAAUGCUUCGCUACAAGUCAGAGUAUAUCAGGAACAUGGGUUUGGGCGGUGGAAUGGUUUGGGCUUUAGACUUAGACGACUUUAAAAACAUUUGCGGAUGUGAAAACUAUCCGUUGCUGAGAACAAUAAAUAGAGUGCUCAGAAACUACAAGGUACCCGAUCCUCAAUGCCAGCUAGGUGUCGACCAACCCCCUUCACCGGCCACGUCCUCACCGAAACCUACUGAAUCAUGGCAGACACCAAAACCACAACCUCCCUGGCAAACCGAGAAGCCCCACACCGAAAAACCAACCUCGCGACCACCACCAACAACGAGUCUGCCAUGCGAUGGACGCCUUUUCGUACCACACAAGUAUAACUGCAACCAAUAUUACUUAUGUAACCAAGGGCAUUUGAUGGUCCAAAACUGUCCCACUGGGUUGUUCUGGAAUGAAGACCACUGCGAUUGGCCCGAAAACACCAAGUGCCACCCGGACGCCACCACAACCGAAGUUAGCCUAUCUUCGCCUGUAAUUGAACAAACUACCCCAAGGCCAUACAAACCGGGAACGGUAGAUGACACUUUCGAUGGAACUUAUAAGGUUGUAUGUUACUUCACAAAUUGGGCCUGGUACCGGCAGGACGCGGGAAAGUACCUGCCGGAGGAUAUCGACCCUCGACUCUGUACGCAUAUUGCCUACGGCUUUGCGGUCUUGGACCCGAACACUCUUACAAUUAAACCUCAUGACUCUUGGGCGGACAUCGAUAACGAGUUUUACGCUAGAGUGGUCAAACUGAAAUCAAGAGGCAUUAAGAUUUUGAUCGCUUUAGGAGGAUGGAAUGAUUCCUUGGGAAGUAAGUACUCGCAUUUGGUCAACGAUCCCAAUGCAAGAUCGAAAUUUGUUGACCAUGUUUUGGGAUUUAUCGAAGAAUAUGGAUUUGAUGGUUUAGAUUUGGAUUGGGAGUAUCCCAAAUGUUGGCAGGUCGAUUGUAAUAAGGGCCCGCAGUCGGACAAACAGGGAUUUGCUGCUUUGGUGACUGAAUUAAGCUUCGCAUUCAAACAAAAGGGACUGUUGCUAUCAGCAGCAGUGUCGCCUAGUAAAACAGUAAUAGAUGCCGGCUAUGAUGUUCCUAUUCUUAGUCAAUACUUAGACUGGAUAGCGCUUAUGACGUACGACUAUCAUGGACAUUGGGAUAAGCAGACGGGGCACGUAGCCCCAUUGGAUUAUUACCCCGGUGACGCUUAUGAUUACUUUAAUGCUAAUUAUUCCGUAAAUUACUGGAUUGAAAUGGGUGCUUCGCCAAGCAAAUUAAUUCUAGGUGUGCCAUUCUACGGUCAAUCUUUUAGUCUCGCGGAUGCCACUCGUAACGGAUUAAACGAAAAGUCGUACGGUCCUGGUGAAGCUGGCGAUUACACACGAGCUGGCGGAUUUUUAGCUUUCUAUGAGGUGUGUGAAAGAGUUAAAAGACGAUCAUGGACUGUCACCAGAGAUCCCUUAGGAAGGAUCGGCCCCUACGCCUUUAGUGGUAACCAGUGGGUGUCCUACGACGAUAUUGCAGAAAUCAGAAGAAAAUCGCGAUUUAUAAAGGAUCACAACUUAGGAGGGGGAAUGUUGUGGGCGUUAGAUUUAGAUGACUUCAAAAACACAUGCGGGUGUGGUAAAUACCCUCUUCUCACAACUUUAAAUAACGAACUUAGGGGUGUUCCUAUGGAAAUUGACGUGGAAAACUGUACUUAGGUUUAUUUGUAAAGAUAUAUUUUUAUCUUCUUCAGAAUGUUCGUUUUUACAUUUUGAAGGAUACUGAAAAUAUUAGCGUAGGUAUAAGAACUGUUCUUGUAAUAAUAAACUAAAAAUAAAGAGUAUAAAAUAUAA